AUGUCCGGAUCAGGUGCCUCUGGAAACAAGUUCCGUAUGUCGUUGGCCUUGCCAACUGGAGCUAUCAUGAACUGCGCAGACAACUCGGGCGCUAGAAACCUCUAUGUCCUGGCCGUCAAGGGUACCGGUGCCAGACUGAACAGACUGCCAGCCGCCUCUGUUGGAGACAUGGUGAUGGCCACCGUGAAGAAGGGUAAGCCAGACCUCAGAAAGAAGGUCAUGCCAGCCAUCGUUGUGAGACAGGCCAAGGCCUGGAGAAGAAAGGACGGUGUGUUCUUGUACUUUGAGGACAACGCCGGUGUGAUUGUGAACCCAAAGGGAGAGAUGAAGGGAUCUGCCAUUACUGGACCUGUUGGUAAGGAGUGUGCCGACCUGUGGCCGCGUAUUGCCUCGAACUCUGCGCGGAUCUGGCGCUUUGGAGGCGCGGAUCGGCAAGACGGCCGACUUAAUGCGCCGUUUGUGCCAGGCGAUCGCGCAGCCCGCGACCGUUGCACAGCUGAGGUACCGCCAGCUGAGCGAGCUGGUGGACAUGCUGCUGGGCCACAUGGUGUGUCGGGGCGGCGAAUUGCGCGUUUUCGAGCCCGCGGCGCUCGCAAUGGCGCGCGCUCUGUGCUCUCUGGUCUGUGUGCCGAAUUUCAAGAGCCACCUCAAGCCAGAGAACCACGAGGCGAUAGUGCGCACGGCGGUGGACUGUCUGGUUUUGGCAGGCGACACGCAGCAGAUUCUUGUGAACGCGCUGCUCCAGCUGCUUUGCGAGUACGUCAUACCUGCGAAUUCCUCGAGCAUGGAGAUGUUUCUACGGGAGCAGCCGUAUUACACCGCGAUCGUGAGCUUUUCGGAGCGUCGAUGUGGCGCAAAAAUGGCAGAGACAGAGACGGCUGUGUUUUUGGUGCGGCUGAUGCGCCAGGUCAUGGCAGACAGCCGGCUGGUGGACGCGGCGCUGGCGGAGCGGGCUUUCUGGGCAGGCGUGCGGAUCGUGGCUGGAAUGCGCACGGUGAGCAUGGCUGCGACGCGUCUGGCGGUGGCGCAGUUCAUCGGCGCCAUGGCCGAGUUUGCUGGUGUUUUCGGGACGAACGAGGCAGACGUCCACUGUGUGCUGUGUUUUGGCGUGCAAGUCUGCGCCGCGUGCCGCGAGACGAGCGCAGCGGUGGCCCUGACGCUGGAGCGGUACUUUGCUGUGGCGGUGCCGUCGUCUGGCGCGAAAAAACAGCGUCUUUCCGGCGUCGCGAGCCAGGUCUCGCUGCUUGUGCGGCGCAGCUCGUGUUUGGACUUUGUUGCGUUUCUGGGCGAGAACGUUGCGGAUCUGGACCGGCCGGUGGCGUGUGCGGCGCUGGCGAUAGUGCAGGAGUGGCUGGAAACCGAUACUGUGUUCGAACAGCUGGCUGCGCACACGGAGUUUCUUGCAACCCAGUUUUUGCACGUUGUCGAGUUGCACGACGCCAGUUUGAGCCAGGGCGCGCUGGGGUGUUUGCGAGCCUUGCUGGCAAAGUCCGCCGCCGCCGCUGA